UUUUUUAGUAUAAUAAUUUCCACCUUCUCUCUUCUUCUUCUUCUUCUUCGCCCCCCUCUCUCUCUCUCUCUCCCUUUCUCUCUCUCUACAUAUAUACAAUUAGUCCCCCGGUCUGAUCUUGCUCAUGAUGAGACCCUUGCUUUUCUAAUUGUAUUCAUUAAUUUUGAUAUACAUCGAGAGAGAGGUGUGUGUGUGUAUAAAUGAAGAUGAUGUACGAACAGCGACAGCAGGUGGGGAUUAAUAUGAGGAGUAAGAAGCAGACACAGGAUUCUGAUGAAGAUUCCAAUAAGCUGGAGAUCGUGGAUUUGAGUGGGAUGUCUUUGGAUUCACUUCCUAAUCCCCCUCUCAAUUUGGCCACCAUCUGCAAAUUAGACAUCUCCAACAACAAUCUCCAGAGCAUCCCGGAAUCGUUGACAGCGCGACUCCUAAACGUGAUCGUGUUAGACGUGCACUCCAAUCAGCUCAAGUGCCUCCCAAACUCCAUAGGAUGUCUCUCCAAGCUCAAGAUCUUGAACGUCUCCGGCAAUCUCCUUCAAGAACUUCCUAGAACCAUCGAGAACUGCAGAUCCCUUCAAGAGCUGAACGCCAACUUCAACAAGCUCCGGCAACUCCCCGACACGAUCGGGUUCGAGCUCCUAAACCUAAGAAAGCUGUCGGUAAACUCAAACAAGCUGGCAUUCCUGCCGCAGUCGACGUCCCACCUGACGAACCUCCGCGUGCUGGACGCCCGGCUCAACUGCCUCCGCUCCCUCCCGGACGACCUGGAGAACCUCAUCAACCUGCAGAUCCUCAACGUCAGCCAGAACUUCCAGUACCUGGGCGCCCUCCCCUACUCGGUGGGGCUCCUCAUGUCGCUGGUGGAGCUGGACGUCAGCUACAACAAGAUCACCGCCCUCCCCGACUCCAUCGGCUGCCUGAAGAAACUGCAGAAGCUCAGCGUGGAGGGCAACCCGCUGGUGUCGCCGCCGCCGGAGGUGAUGGAGCAGGGGCUGCACAUGGUGAAGCAGUAUCUGUGCGACAACAUCAACGGGACGUCGCACAAGCCCGCGCACAAGAAGAACUCGUGGCUGGGGAAGCUCGCCAAGUGCGGAACCUUCAGCGGCGCCACCGUGAAGCUGCCGCAGGCCGACAGGGAAGGCUACAUCAUGCCGAGUUAUCGCCCCAUCGAUGGCCUGGCCUCGCCCAGGUACAUGGGGAUGUUCUCGCCCAAGCGUCUCUUCUCCACCAAGUCCUACUUCUCCAGAUCAUGAUUCCUUUUUUGAAUUAUUUUUGGUGAGCGUGUGAUGCCUCAUCAAUUUUGUAUUUUGUCGAUCGUCGUGUUUUUGUAAAAUAGAUGUGCGUCGCGUGCAU